AUGUCGCUCCUGCGAACCACAGUCGCGCGCUCGCUUCGCGCGGCUGCUCCAUCAGCACCGAUUCUUCGAUCCGCCGUGCCCGGGCCGUCUUCGAUCGCUGCCUCUUCCGACAUCCAACUUUUUUGCCGCAGCUUUGCAUCCACAUCCCUCCGCAGCGCCGACAAUAAAUCAUCGUCAUCCUCCAAGCCAACCUCAUCAGCAGCUUCCACCUACACAGCCAUCCUAGACUCGCUGCAAGACUCAUACGAGAAAUCUACCCGAGGUUCCGCCUCUCGUUUCUCCCGUCCCUCCGAUGGACGUCGUGGCUACGUCGAAGACCUCGAGUCCGACUGGUCCCAGCGUGCGGUGUAUGGAGAACCCAGCUGGCCGGCUACACCGUUCAGCGGGAGGAGCAUCAGGGUGACUCCGCAGGCCGACCCCGCUAGAGCGUACGGACAGCUGAGCGUGCUGUUGCGGAGGAACAAUGUAAGGCAGGAGUUGAGGUUGCAGCAGAGGUAUGAGAAGCCGAACGAGGAGAGGAGGAGGAAGAAGAGCGAGAGGCAUAGGAGGAGGUUUGCGGAUAUGGUGAGGAGAAAGGUUCAGUUGGUCAUGGCGAUCAAGGCGAGAGGUGCUUGA